GCCGCUGCGGCAGUGUCUCGGAGGCGGGCAGGCGGCCGGUCCCUCCGGUCCCCCGGCAGCAUCCCGGCCCCGCCAUGGCUGGCGUCGGCUUCGCGGCGCACCGCCUGGAGCUGCUCGCCUCCUACCAGGACGUGAUCGGCGAGGACAGCCCCACCGACUGGGCCCUCUACACAUACGAGGAUGGCUCUGAUGACCUGAAGCUGGCAGCAUCAGGAGGUGGAGGUUUGCUGGAGCUUUCCGGCCACUUUGAGAUUCAGAAGGUGAUGUAUGGCUUCUGCAGCGUCAAGGACCCCCAGGCCGUGCUCCCCAAAUAUGUCCUCGUCAACUGGGUGGGUGAGGACGUGCCGGAUGCCCGCAAAUGCGCCUGUGCCAGCCACGUAGCGAAGAUUGCCGAGUUCUUCCAGGGUGUCGAUGUCAUUGUCAAUGCCAGCAGCGUGGAGGACAUUGACCCCGGGGCCAUCGGGCAGCGGCUCUCCAACGGGCUGGCUCGUGUCUCCAGCCCAGUGCUGCACCGCCUGCGGCUGCGCGAGGACGAGAACGCCGAGCCCGUGGGCACCACUUACCAGAAAACCGACGCCACCGUGGAGAUGAAGCGGCUCAACCGGGAGCAGUUCUGGGAACAGGCAAAGAAAGAGGAGGAAUUGCGUAAAGAGGAAGAGAGGAAAAAGGCCCUGGAUGCCCGGCUGCGGUUUGAGCAGGAGCGGAUGGAGCAGGAGCGGCUGGAGCAGGAGGAGCGGGAACGGCGCUACCGGGAGCGUGAGGAGCAGAUCGAGGAGCACAGGAGGAAGCAGCAGAGCUUGGAGGCGGAGGAGGCCCGGCAGCGCCUGAAGGAGCAGUCCAUCUUUGGUGACCAGCAAGAGGAGGAUGACAGGCAGCAGUUUAGGAAAUCGGAGUCAGAGGUGGAGGAGGCUGCUGCCAUCAUCGCUCAGCGGCCUGACAACCCCCGGGACUUCUUCAAGCAGCAGGAGCGGGUGGCGUCGGCCAGCAGCGAUGCUAUCUCACCAGGCAGCCACAGGACAGGCAGCCAGUCGGACGCCUUCCGCAAGGCCUCGGCAGCGGGCUGCAGCCCCUGCGAGCCCAGCCCGGCCACCACGCCGCUGGGCGGCCCGGGCACCCGCGCGCCCGCUGAACAGACGCCGGCAACGCCCAAAGAGUCCCCCAGCCCCAGCGCACAGGAGCCCGGGCCAGCCACGCCCGAGCAGCACUGGCCCUUCCCGGGGCCCGAGGACAAGGCCAUCGAGCCCCCUGGGGACGAGCCCAGUCCCAGGCCAGUGUGGACAGAGGGGGGUGAUGCCCUGGGGGACCUGGUGACCCUGGAGCCCACCGAGCCCUCCCUGCCUCCCGGGGCUGACGAGCCCCAAACUGAGGAAGCCCCCAACCCUGAGAGCCUCAUCGACCUGUGGCAGAGUGAUGGGGUGACUCCCCCAGCCGCCUGGCCCCUGCCUGCUGCCCCUGUCCCCGAGACACCCCCGGCCAUGCUGCCUGAGGAGGGGGCCCUGCUGAGCCUGGAUGAGCUGCCUGAGCCCCCUGCCACCUUCUGCGACGCGGAGCAGGAGGAUGAGGAUGAGGAAGAGGCAGCUGGUGAGGGGGACCCCCAGUCCCAGGAUCUGGGCUGCCAGCACACGCCCCAGGAAGACACCCCAGGCCGAGAGACGCCCCCCAUCACCAAUGGGGAGAUGGCCCCCAAGGAUGGGACACCGGGUCGUGGGGAGCAGGCCAGCGAGGGCUACUUCAGCCAGUCCCAGGAGGAGGAGGUGCCCCCCACUGAGGAGCUGUCGGCCAAAGCCCCCCAGCCCGUCUUCUACAACAAGCCCCCAGAGAUCGACAUCACGUGCUGGGACGCAGACCCUCUGCCCGAGGAAGAGGAGAGCUUUGGGGGGGCCCUGUAAGGCCGGGCCCCGCUGCCGGCACAGGCAGCCCGCCCCGGCCGGCGCGGG